GUGGUUUUUGGCGGCGCAGCGAGGUGCAGAGUGCAAAGUGCACGCACACACACAAGUUUCACUGCUCCAUGCAGCUUGACAAAGUAGUUGGACAUGUCUCGUCACAGAAGCAGACACCACGACACCCAAGAGAGGCACAGAGAACGCUCCAGAAGCCCACAACCAAGAGCCGCGUCACUGGAGAUACACAGCUCUGAAAAGGAUAAAUGGAGAGAGAGACAUAAGAGGAGGGAGAGCGGGGGUGAGGAGGGAAGGACACGAAGAAGAGAGAAGAGGGAUGAGGGGAUAGAGAAAGGGGAAGAGAAAAGGAGGGGGAGGGGACACCAUGGCAGUGAAGAGAGGAGAGAUGGGCAUAAAGAAGAGGGUAGGGAGGGUGAUGGGUUGAAGAGAGAGGGUGGGAGAAGGGGAGAAGAGGAGGUAAGGAGAAAAGAAGAGGUUGAAAGAAGAAGGGAAGGGGAAGAGGGAAGCAGAAGAUGGGGAGGGGAGGGAAGAAGAGGGGAGGGAGAGGGGACUGCAAGGAGGGGGAGAUGGCAAGAAGGUGGAAGAGAGGAGGAGAGGGGUAGAAGAAACAGGGAUGAAAAUAGAGGGAGGGAGAGGAGAGGACAAGAGGAAGUAGAAAAUUGGACUCGUGCAUCAGGCAUUGACAGAGCUGGAGAAAGGGACACGCUUGGCUCGAGAAGGGAUGAAGAACGAAGACAAAGUAUGUUUCCUCCAUAUGUAAUUACGCACAUGUGAAUGAAUGACCAAGUAGAGCAUUUAUUCUACUGUCCUGCCUCACAAAUGUUAUGAUUUUAGAACGGGAACAGAGGACGAAGGAAGAUGAGGAGGCUACAAGUUACGAAUUUGGAGGUGAGGGGGGAAGAGAAGGGUCUGACAGAAACAAUGAAGAACCUGGAGAAAUGGAAGAGCCCAGCUUUGCACUCUCGGGGAAGCUGACUGCUGAGACCAACACAUACAGGGGGGUGGUGAUAAAGUACAGCGAGCCAGGAGAGGCCAGACAGCCCACCACAAGAUGGAGACUCUACCAGUUCAAGGGAGAUGAAGUUCUACCUACUCUGUAUGUCCACCGACAGAGUGCCUACCUCAUUGGCAGGGACAGGAGGGUGGUGGAUCUACCAGUAGACCAUCCGUCAUGCUCUGGCCAGCAUGCAGUCCUCCAGUACAGACUAGUCACCUAUGAAAAGAACGAUGGCUCUGUUGGCAAAAGGGUCAGACCUUAUCUUAUUGACCUGGAGUCCACCAAUGGGACUUACAUCAAUAACCAGAGAAUAGAGUCUGCUAGAUACUGGGAACUAAAGGAACAGGACAUGAUCAAGUUUGGCUUCAGCUCCAGAGAAUACAUUAUCUUGCACGAGAACUCCAAAGACGCUGCUACAGCUGUUGAUGCUACUGACGACCAACCAUAGACAGCAACCAACUCUAUCAGUCUCCUGCAAUUAUUGUCGUUUUAUGUGUCCCUUUUGUAAGCAUUUCCUUCUUCAAAAUUAAGAAGAUUUGAUUUAAGGGUCGGUGGCUAUAAGGGCUAAAAUUAGAAACUGUUGCUAAAACCAGAAACUUGGGCCCU